CUCUCUCUCUCUCUUCUCCACCCCUAUCUCUUUACGGGACUCUGGCAGGCCGGUAUUCCAGGAAUGUGUGGAACAUGGCGGCCGCAGCGAAGGCUCCGAAAAGCGGACUGCUCGAGGUUCGCCUGGCCGCGGAGCGCUGGAGCCGGGUGUUAGCUACACUCAGCGCGGACACGCUCACUCUAAGCCCAGGGGAGGUGAGCGCUGAGGCGGCUAAAAGCACGCCGGCCACCGGGGGUACUAUGAAUGGAGAGCCGGGGCACCUGAGCUCUCCCGCUGUCCCGGAUUCCAUCAGCAACGUGAAGAGGACCGUGCGAGUUACCAAACAGGACGUGGGAGGACUCGGCAUCAGCAUUAAAGGUGGUAAAGAGAACAAGAUGCCCAUCUUGAUUUCUAAGAUCUUCAAAGGACUCGCAGCAGACCAAACUGAGGCUCUGUAUGUCGGCGACGCUAUUUUAUCUGUCAAUGGAUGUGACCUGCGAGAAGCUACUCAUGAUGAAGCCGUGCAAGCUCUGAAGAAGACAGGCAAAGAGGUUAUCUUGGAGGUAAAAUACAUAAAAGAGAUGUCUGCGUUUUUUAAGAACGCGUCUUCGGGUGGCCCACCUCUUCUGGACUCUCCUCCCCCCACACCACAGAAGCAUGUUGACCCAGUCAUGAGGGAGACCAGAACCAUCCCGCUGAAAAUGUGCCAUGUUACUCGCAAACAAUGUCCACCAGACACAGAGGACAGAUAUUUUGAGGUGGUGUCAGCAGACAGGAAGCAGUCUGCGUUUUUGAGGGCAAAGGAUCCUGCAAUGGCCCAGUCAUGGUAUAAUGCUAUCCAAGCAUGCUGUGCUGCACUGCUCUCUACAGUUAAAGACAGCCUCAGAGCCCUGCAGCCAGGCAUGGACAUCACACACAUCGGCUGGAUCAUAGAGCAGGGAUCCGAGAAGCUGAUAUUGGCAGUGCUGACAGACAGAGAUCUGUUGUUGUACAGCUCUUUGCCUGAGAGCAGAGAGAGUCUUAAUAGCCCAGACAAGAGCCAUCCGCUCAUUACUACCAGGCUUGUUCAUUCAGGGCCUGGAAAGAGUUCAUCAGGACAGGAGUCUGAUUUAACGUUCGGCCUGCGUUUAGGUACUAAGCAUGGAGUGGAGACUCACCUGUUCCGAGUGGACACUGCAAAAGAACUAUCCACUUGGAGUCACCUCCUGGUGGAGGGCUGUCACACUGCUGCCGAGCUCAUCCAGGAAGUCACUACAGCAUGCAGCUGGAACGGUCAGCCAUGCAUGCUUAGUGUGCACAUAGAGAACGGUUUCACUUUGUUCACUGAGGAGGCAGGUGUGAGGAGACACAUUCUUCUGCAGCAGCCAUUUGAGCGUCUGCGAAUGUCCUCUGACGACGGAGUGCGCAUGAUCUUCCUCGACUUUGGAGGCCCCGAGGCCGAGAUUCAACUGGAUCUUCACGCCUGUCCUAAGACCAUCGUCUUCAUCAUUCACUCUUUCCUCUCAGCCAAGGUGAAGCGUUUAGGCCUGCUUGCAUGAACCCCACACACAGUUACGACAACAUGAGCCUAGAGAGUCAGAAGGUGGACCAGACAGAUGUAAACCCAGGAGCUGCCAUUGGUGGAGUCCUACCACUUGUAUCCAACAAACAAUAUAAAGCCAUGCAUCAAAAAGUGGUGAUCUUAUUUUACAUGUCAAACUUGUUUUGUUUUGUUUUUUUAGAGAGAAUAUUUUGUGUGCCAUAUCGGUUUGUAUGAAACAAUAGUUGCAGGCAGAAAAGCAAAGCAAACAUUUGCAAGAAUAAAAAAACAAAACAAAUCAUGGCAAACAAUGGGUUAAAUCCAGCAGGGAAAGUGGUGUCGUCCAAUCUAGUCUAAUCGAGUUGAGUUACUGUAAUGAUGAAUUUCAUACCAGAGAUCAAAUGAAACCUACAGUAUAUUUUUUUAUAUUUCGUGUUGCUUCUGAAUGAUGCAAUUUCAUACAAAACAGAUAUAUGGGUUUACUAUAUAAACCCUUUAAACUCAAACAGCUUGGUAAAAAGUAUAAGGUCACCACCUAAAACAGAGCUGUUUACAUCUCACUGGCUUCAACUCACUGCAACGAGAGGCACACUGCCAGUGAAAAGUUACUCAGCACCCUAUGUUUCAGUAUUUCAACUAUUUGAAUAUGUUCCAUCGAAUAAUGUUGUGACUUGUAUUACAACUGAUGCAAGCGCUGUCAACGAGUACCAAAGUCUAGAAGAGUGCCAUCAGGAUCUGCGAGCUUUUCCAGUUAAAAUGUCAAGUUAAAUGCAGAGAGUGAGAUCUUUGAUAGAACAAAGACCUGAUUCUUUGCAUUUAAUUACCAGUCUCUACUUUUCAGUUUUGUCUGUGGCACUAAUAGUCCUUAAACUGUAAUAAAACUUCAAAAAAAAUCUCCAGGUGUUGGAAAAACUUGUGACUGACAGUGUAAAGUGGUCCUUUCAUGUGGUUAUGGGUGUAAUUAGAAUAUCCACAACGCACCAUGCCAUUAGGAGACAACAUAAGCGCUCUCUCUUUAAAUGCACCAAUGAGAAAGUGGGCUGUGAGUGUGGGACUUUGGGAAUAACAGCACAUUACCACAGUCUUCCUCGGUCCUUGUAAGACGCACAGCGAAACAGAAUGUAGCAAGCGAUCCCCUUCUUCUAUUUUGCCACAGAACAUUAGUACCCCAGCUAAUGAAUUUUGAUGUCAUUUUUUUCUCCUGAGGGGAAAAAAAAAACCCUAUUCAGUCAGGCGUCUAAAAGACAGGCAGUCGAAUCUAAUUCUGUUUUUCACAUACCUAAUACUGUACACGAUUGAAUCCUUUUUGUAUUCCAAAUCAAUCAUUUCCUGGCAGCUUGUCAAAAUAAGAAAUGGUAUCAGUUCAAAACAAAAAUCACAAUCAGACUUAUUUAUUCAUACAACCUUUACAGUUGAAAUGAAAAUGAUUGAAUUCGUGUGAGGCACCUCAUGCAAUCCAACCCUGAGAUAUUAAUUAUUUGACAUUUGAGUACUACACACUUAUUGUUGUUGUUGUUGUUAUUAUUAUUAUUAUUAUUAUUAUUUUUUAAGAUUUUUAGUUUAAUUUAACAAUGACGAAAUGUUCUUGCAAUGCACCAGAGUACUGAGCAUAACUGAGCUCACUAAGCUGACCUUAGUCAUACAAAAAUAUAUGUAUAUUAUACACAAAAUCUGAACACUCAAUUAUUUAUUGUCUUACUAAGAAAACCAUUUGUUUUUAGAGUUCUCUUCCUAACCGUUUUCCUUUUCCCCUUUCUUUAAGUCAUGAUUUCAUGAUGCUAUAAGGCAUAACCAUGAUCUUUACAAAUAUAUUUUCUUUUCUUUAUUUUUAUGUAACCAUGUAACCAGUAUUUCAACAAGCACAUUGUUGUUUUAGGGAAGCAAGAGAUCAGAGCAUUAGUAGUAUUUCCUGAAUGAAAGCUUCUUUGACCAUCGCUUUGCUUGAGUGCUACUCCUACCAACAUUAGCAUCUUCAAAGUCAGUGGUAAAGCCCAUGAACAAAUUUUAUUUAUUUAUUUUUUAUCUCCAAGUACACUAGUGCUAAGGACCCUUGUCUGCAGUGGGAGACUUGUUGAAAUUGUUUUGCGUUGUGAUUUUAAAUUUGACUUUACUACACACACACACACACAAAUGUAACUGCAACUAGUACGGUUUUGUGUUCAUUGGAUAAGUAGGUAUCAUUUAUUACGGUGGCCUUUCAGAAAUCAUCCUAUAAAUUAAUAUAUACUUAAAACUCAAAUAUGUUAGCUCUUAAAACCAAGACUAAAUUUUAUUGUACAUGCUUAUUUAAACAAGAGUGUGCCUUACAGGGUUGUUUGUACAUAAAAUCAAAUUUAAUAAACUUUCCUUGUUGACUUACA